UAGCGCUGUGAAGUCAUCAUUCUGAGCGCCCAGCCCACUAAAUUAAAACUGCAACCCCCCUUGUCACACACUGUUUGCCAGCGCCCGCAUUGCUGCUUUUCCCCCUUCUGCAACCUCUACUUCAACAGACUGCGGCGCGCCAACCAACUCCACGGACCUUCUGCCUCUUUCUCUGCCAUCGUCUUCCCGCUCCAAUCGCCACGCGCGCCCAUCUUAUACGCGCUUACCCUGACAAGAACAGGUGCAACCGAUAGCACGCCUAAUAAUUUAUUAGCCAGCGGUAACGCAAUGAAGCGCCUGCUUCUGCUCGGUGUCGCAGCGGCUCACCUGCUCCCCGGCGGCGUGGCUAGCGAUGCAGAUGCUGUAGGAUAUACAAAUGCCGAAUCUUUAUACAACGAGGCCCUUCUCUCGCCGCCUGCCGAUGCCGACAACCACUUCCACAAUGCCGCGCUCUCCCGUCGCGCCAUCUCAAAUUCCCCAGGUGGCUACGCCCCCAGUGUCGAAGCCUGUCCAGAUGCACGGCCUACAAUUCGACGCGGUACUGGAUUAAGUCGCCAGGAAACAGACUGGCUCUUACGGCGCCGCAAUGCAACCAUUACGCCGAUGCGAACGCUUCUCAAACGACUCACCGUCCCCGAAUUCGACAUCGAUAAAUAUUUCUCCAAAAUAGCCAACGACAGCACAGUACUGCCUAAUAUCGGAAUCGCCAUUUCGGGAGGCGGCUACCGCGGCCUGCUCAACGGUGCUGGUGCCGUAGCAGCGUGGGACGACCGCGAAGAGGGAAGCACAACCCAAGGCAACUUGGGCGGCCUGUUGCAGAGCUCAACGUACAUAUCGGGUUCAUCUAGCGGUAGCUGGCUCGUUGGUAGCUUGUACACCAACAAUUUUACAACUGUCCACGAGUCGAUUGUCUAUUCCGGCAUCUGGCAGUUUGGCCCUACAGUCUUGACUGGCCCUAACACCGUCAGCUUAUCAUCGUACUAUACCGAUAUUACGAAACAGGUCCAGGCUAAAGAAAACGCAAACUUCACGACGACGCUUACCGACUACUGGAGCCGUAUGCUGGCAUUCCAGAUGAUCAACGAUACAAAUGGCGGCCCCGGAUUCACCUACUCCUCCAUCGCCCAGGACCCUGAGUUUGCUGACGCCAAGGUUCCGGUCCCUAUUCUACUGGCUACUGGCCGCGCUCCCAACGAAAAGAUUUCUUCCAUCAACUCCACCAUCUACGAAAUCAGCCCUUGGGAGCUUGGCUCCCGUGACCCCAAGGUUGCGGGCCAUGCGCCUCUGGAAUUCGUAGGAUCCAAGUUUGAUGGUGGUGUGCUGGUCGACAACAGCAGCUGUGUCCAAGGCUUUGAUAAUGCAGGAUUCAUCAUGGGCACAUCAAGUUCCCUAUUCACACAGCUUGUCCUCUACUUGCGCGACAAGGACAGCCGCUACGUUCCGUCUGGCACACCAUCGGCUAUUUUCGACGCUAUUUCGCAACUGCUUAGCACUUUUGGUGAAUCAUGGAAUGAUAUUGCAGACUGGGCACCGAACCCUUUCAAAAACCUGCAAUCGAAAUCCACUAACGCGACUCUCGCAGACCGUCUGACGCUUGUUGACUCGAGCGAGGACCUGCAAAACAUUCCGUUUUAUCCCCACCUCCACCCGGAUCGCAAAGUCGACGUCGUCUUCUCGGUCGAUUCGUCUUCUGACACAGAGUCUGGCUGGCCAGACGGCGCCUCAGCUGCCGCUACUUACGCGCGUUCUGCAGCAGACUCUUACGGCAGCUCGGCCUUCCCAGCAGUCCCAGGAAAGGAUACCUUUUUAAACCUAGGCUUGAACCGAGCCCCCGUCUUCUUUGGCUGCGACGCUGCUAACUCGACAGUGAACGGCAACGUUGCUCCACUGGUGGUUUAUCUGCCAAAUUACCCUUACGUCUACGCCUCCAACAUAUCGACUUUGCAGCUAAGCGUAUCUGAUUCAGAGCGUGACGCAAUUGUGACCAACGGAUGGGCAGUCGCCACACAAUACAACUCAACCGUGGAUAAGAAAUGGCCAACCUGUGUUGCAUGUGCCAUCUUGUCACGCAGUCUGCAUAGAACCAACACACCGGUACCAGAUGCCUGCAACGCCUGCUUCAAGCAAUAUUGCUGGAACGGUACUCUGGCGCCCGCGAAAGCCGGACCCUACUGGCCGCGCUUCAUCGGAACUCCCAUCACCAAUGUUAACCGCAAUGGUGCAGACAGGCUACCUGCAUUUGCUACCACUACCAUGCUGGUGGUUUUGCUCUCAGCCAUGCUGAAUGUUUUCUGAAGGAACGUGUGACGAAAACAUAACAUGACCUUGGAAAUAGUUAGAUUUGCACACCGACUGUGUGCGGCGUUUUCUGUCUGAUUUUUUUACAUUUGAUACCUUCAUACUUUCUUUGUCUUGGUACUGGGAAACAUUCACUGUUGAUAUAUUUGCGAGACCAACUGUCUUGCACUUUUGCUUUCUGUUUAUAUAAAUCGAAAUGACCAGCGUUUCUCUUUUGGGGGGUAUUGGCUAUUGGAUUAAUCGUUAUGAGGUAUACAUGAUGAUGGGCUUGCAGAUACAAAAUACAAAAGAAAGAUGCGUACUACAAUAUCCUUUAAUUAUGCCACAUACUGGCGUGUGCUCGGCCUCUUUUCCCUCUGCGGCGUCUCUUCCUUGUCGGCCUUUUCUGUGACAGCAUGGGUCCAGAGCAACAGCGUAGCUAUGAUGGUGAAGCAGCCCAUGACAAGGAGCGAGUGGUCAAGACGGGUGCCAUUGCGGCUCGUGU